AUGGCACUCUGGGUGACUGCAGUCCUGGCUCUCGCUUGCCUUGGUGGUCUUGCCACCCCAGGGCCAGUGCGGAGAUCCACAUCUCCCCCUGUGGCCCUCAGGGAGCUUAUCGAGGAGCUGAGCAACAUCACACAAGACCAGAAGACUUCCCUGUGCAACAGCAGCAUGGUAUGGAGCGUGGACCUGACAGCUGGCGGGUUCUGUGCAGCCCUGGAAUCCCUGACCAACAUCUCCAGUUGCAAUGCCAUCCACAGGACCCAGAGGAUAUUGAAUGGCCUCUGUAACCAAAAGGCCUCGGAUGUGGCUUCCAGCCCCCCAGAUACCAAAAUCGAAGUAGCCCAGUUUAUAUCAAAACUGCUCAAUUACUCCAAGCAACUUUUCCGCUAUGGCCACUGAGGGGAGACCGGCCCUGGACAUCUCAGCUGUGGACCUCAGUUGUGGAU